AUGGAUGCGACGAGAUUCGAGCUCGAAUCUUUCACAACAAGCAUUGAAGAUUCGCAGGAAUUCUUGGUUAACGUUCCCAAGACCCGCCGCACCUACUGCAAGGGCAAGACCUGCAAGAAGCACACUCAACACAAGGUCACCCAGUACAAGGCCGGAAAAGCCUCUCUGUUCGCCCAGGGAAAGCGUCGAUACGACCGCAAGCAAUCCGGUUACGGUGGUCAAACGAAGCCCGUGUUCCACAAGAAGGCUAAGACAACCAAGAAGGUCGUGCUGAGAUUGGAAUGCACCGUGUGCAAGACGAAGGCACAACUGUCGUUGAAGCGAUGCAAGCAUUUCGAGCUGGGUGGUGACAAGAAGACGAAGGGUGCAGCUCUUGUGUUCUAA